UGAUGUCCUGUUCAUUGGUCUAGUGCUUCUAUCUCUUCUCUCUAUCUCUCUCUCUCUCUCUCCGCCACUUUUUGCGCCUUACUUCAUUUGGAAAGAUAACUGAAAACGAACCCCUCAUCCACUGCGGAGCUCACAACACAAUAUCCAAGAAAACAGACACACAAUCCACAGCACAGAAUGUCAACUCUCUUCUCUGCCGUCUUUCCACCCUCUUCUUCAUUCCCUCCUCAAUUCCCUCUCAGAUCCUUCAAACACUUGUCUCCCCUCAAGACCACCCUCAAAAGACCUCUCUUUUCCACAACUACGUCUUCCUCACUCCAUGUUGACCCCCUCGAAUCCGACCCGCCAUUGCCACCUUCCGUCCGCACCUUCUGGAAGUGGCUCGCUGAAGAGGGCGUGGUCUCCUCGACCUGUCCGCUUCGCCCCGCUUAUGUUCCAGAAGGCCUCGGCCUCGUCGCUCGGCGAGACAUUGCUCAAGAUGAAGUUGUCCUGAAGGUCCCCAGAAGGUUGUGGAUCAACCCGGACACUGUUGCUGCUUCAGAGAUUGGCUAUCUCUGCACCGAUUUGAAGCCCUGGGUGGCUGUCUCUCUCUUCUUGAUAAGGGAGAAGAUGAGGGGCAGCUCGCCAUGGCGGUUCUAUAUUGAUAUAUUGCCGGAGCGAACGGACUCGACGUUGUAUUGGUCAGAAGAAGAGCUUGCUGAGAUUAAAGGAACCUUACUUUGCCGGAUGACCAGGGAGAUGAAAGAGCAUGUAGAGAGUCAAUACCGAAAAGUAGAAGAAGAAAUCAUUUCGCGCCACAAGCAGCUGUUUCCAUCUUCUAUAACUCUGGAUGGGUUUCUUUGGGCAUUUAGCAUGCUGAGAUCGCGGGCAUUUUCGCAUCUUAGGGGCCAACUUGUUAUGCUUCCACUCGUGGAUUUUAUUAACCACAGCGCUAGCAUAACAAGAGAAGAUAAUGCGGAGGAGAUUAAUGGGCCAGCAGGUCUUUUUUCUUGGGACCUCCUUUUCUGUUUGAAGUCAACAAUGCCUGUCAAAGAGGGUGAGCAGGUUUUCAUCCAGUAUGGAUUAAAGAAGAGCAAUGCUGACUUGGCUCUUUAUUAUGGGUUUGUGGAACCAAAUACAAAUCGCGACUCUUACACGCUUACAUUCAACAUAUCCAAGUCGGACCCCUUCCAUCAGGAGAAGCUCGAUAUUGCAGCAGCCAAUGAUUUGGGUGAGACUGCAUACUUCGAUAUUUUUAUGGACCAUCCUCUUCCGCCAGCAACUCUUCCAUAUCUGCGGCUUGUGGCACUUCAAGAAACAGAUGCAUUCCUCCUGGAGCCUGUCUACAGGAAAUCUAUCUGGAAAACUCUCGAAUUACCGAUAAGUCGCAUGAACGAGGAGCUGGUAUGCAAGAUGGUCAUAGAUGCUUGUGAAUCAGCUCUUUCAGGCUACCACACCGCAGUUGAACAGGACGAGAAGUUAAUUCAAGAAGGAAAUCUUGGUUCCAAACUUGAGAUAGCCGUGAGAGUUAGAGUGGGUGAGAAGCGGGUGUUGCAGCAAAUUGAGGGUAUUUUCAAGGAGAAGGAAGCUCGAUUGGAUAAGCUCGAGUACUACCAUGAGAGGAGAUCGAAGGAGCUCGGUCUGGUUGGUGAGGAAGGUGAAACUUAUUGCCAGCCUAAGAUGGAUUCGACGCCCUCCUUAUAGAGCCAGUACGCAGUUUAAUCACGCCGGUCUCUUGCGGUUGUGUUUAAUGGUCAAGAGCAAACUGUAGAAACAUUUUAUUACUUCUGGAGAAUGCAAGGGACGGUAAGCAAAUUAAUGUGUAUUCAUCUGUUGUAUCAAGGUUUAAACAUUACAGACUCGGCUUAGAUGGAUCAACAAUUUGUGUACCUCACUCUGGCGAGCGAGUUGCAAUUUGUAUGAAGUUCUGAGGAAACAAAAGAAAUUACAGGGAUUUGUAUUAGUUCUGCCAA